AUGCUGGGACCGCCAUAUGGAGCAACGCCUGACGCUCCCUCCCCCCUUUUGAGUCGACUUAUAAGUCAUCUUUUCGUGACCGACCCUGAUACCAUGCUGGCUCAGCCAUAUGGAGCAGCGCCUGACUCUCCUGCCACCAUCCUCAUAAGGCUCCUAUCAACACCUACAGCAGCAGCAGCAGCAGCAGCAGCGGCGGCGGCGGUGGCGGCGGCGGCUGCGGUGGGGGCAGUAGCAGAGGCGGUGGCAGUGGCGGUGAUGGCGAGUGCCGGCACAGCUCGGCUGUGUUCCCUCUGCUGCUAUGCUCCCUCUGCUGCUAUGCUCCCUCUGCUGCUAUGCUCCCUCUGCUGCUAUGCUCCCUCUGCUGCUAUGCUCCCUCUGCUGCUAUGCUCCCUCUGCUGCUAUGUUCCCUCUGCUGCUAUGCUCCCUCUGCUGCUAUGCUCCCUCUGCUGCUAUGCUCCCUCUGCUGCUAUGUUCCCUCUGCUGCUAUGCUCCCUCUGCUGCUAUGCUCCCUCUGCUGCUAUGCUCCCUCUGCUGCUAUGCUCCCUCUGCUGCUAUGCUCCCUCUGCUGCUAUGCUCCCUCUGCUGCUAUGCUCCCUCUGCUGCUAUGCUCCCUCUGCUGCUAUGCUCCCUCUGCUGCUAUGCUCCCUCUGCUGCUAUGCUCCGUCUGCUGCUAUGCUCCCUCUGCUGCUAUGCUCCCUCUGCUGCUAUGCUCCGUCUGUGCAGGCCCUCUCCAUCUCAGUCAAGCCCUCGCACCUGCCCCUGCCAGCCAGCUCCCUUUGCUAUGAUCCACCUGCUAUGUUCCCUCUGCUGCUAUGCUCCCCCUGCCACGCCCUAUGCUAUGCUCUCUUCCCUUUGCUAUACACCGCCUGCUAUGUUCCCUCCGCUAUUUUCCUUGCUAGAUAA